AAGAUGGGGCUUUAUUUACUUAUACUUUUGGUGGCUCCAGCGAUGGUGAAUUCUCAGACAAACAAUUGUGCGUGCAUACAAGUGUAUAACCCGGUCUGUGGAAUAAACGGAAGGACAUAUUCUAACUCAGGAUGUGCCGGGUGUGCAGGCGUUUCCGUACAGUGUAUGGGAGAGUGUCCGUGUAGAAGCCCAGGGAAUCCAGGGAACUGUGCCUGUCCCUUUAUAUAUGACCCGGUCUGUGGAUUUAAUGGUAGGACCUACAGUAACAGCUGUACUGCACGCUGCAGGUAA